AUCAGGAUCGACAGUGAAAUGUGAAGAACCGUGCCAGUCGCCCGUUGAACUUGGUCUGGCAUGCCUCGCAUGCAAUUCCAACACCAUGAUAUGGAAUUCGAGACGUUCCGAAACAGUUACCAACCUGCGGUUCUUCAUCGGCUCGGGUUCGAGCCCCACUUCUUCUCGAGCACGGCAUUUCAUCUCCAACAACUCCACUACGUGCAACGCUCCUAUUCGGAACCUUUGGAAUUGACCACUUCCUACCCCUUGGACUUAAGCUUGAAGACGCAAGCACCCAUAACUCCACCAUGCACACCGUCACCCGGCAUCAAACGUCAACUGUCACCAACUCCGGAACUUCCCAACAAGAAGAAACUCCAAACGAACUUCGCCAAGACUUCGAAGACGGCCAAAGCGACCAGGAAGUUGAACUUCGACGAAGACAACAGCUCACCUGUAUCAGGCACCAUAAUACGUGAACUUGGUCCGGAUGAGAACCUGGUGAUUCGUAAAGGGGAUAUAGAUCCGGCUUUCAAUGUGGUCGAAGUCACCGAAGAAGCCAAGGCAGAGAUCGCUAAAAUAGAGAAUCACAUCGGCGAUUAUGUCUGUAGACUCUGUAAGGAGCUGUAUGAAGACGCGUUUGGUCUUGCACAACACCGAUGUUCGAGGAUUGUUCACGUAGAGUACAGAUGUCCGGAGUGUGAUAAAGUCUUCAAUUGUCCAGCCAACCUGGCUUCACACAGGAGAUGGCACAAGCCCAGACCCUCGAAGGAAACCAAGACGGAGGAGGUCAAGGAUGAAGAUAGCUCCGAACAAUUCUCUUGUAACGAAUGUGGAAAGCGGUUUAAGAGGAUAGCCUACUUGAGGAAGCAUCAAACGGUUCACCAAAUUGAAUGACAAAGGCUUGUACCUGUGAGGCCGAUACCCAGGAUGCCUCCGAAGCUGUGGAGGCCUCCUCCGUUGCCUCCACCGCCUUGCAGUUUGCUCCCUGAAAGGUAUGUCCCGAACAUCACUUGGAUCAAUCCUUUUUGAUUUUUAGAGAACCAUGUCUUUGAUUUUUUUAUGCUUGAUUAAUGAGAAUUCAGCCACGAAACUUAUAUCUUAAACACGUCCAAAUUUCUAGUCAGAACUCGCAAGUCUAGUCAUGUAUCACUUGCGAUUCGAAUGUUUUUCUAGUCAUUAUUUUAGUAGAGAUAUUAUUUAUUCGAUAUAUUUUCGAUUGAAUGAAUCUAGUCAUUAGGUUUAAUAUUUUCUAGUCACUGAAUCUAGUCAUAAACUAAUAUAUUAUAUCAAAAUUCUAAUAGAUAUAUUUAAUUUUUAUUAAUAACUAUUCUUAUACAAUUCUAGUCACUAAUUUUUCAAGAAAAAAAUUAUUUAUUAUUUCUAGUCAAACUCUAGUCAACAGUAUUUGAAAGUUAAAAGGCCAAUUCCCUAAAUUGUUUUAUCCUUUUAUAUAUUCAAAGUAAUCUAGUCAUUUAGCAGAUAUUUAUUUUUAUAGUCAAAAACUAGUUGUGUAAGUUUUAUGUAACAAAUUUAUUCUAGUCAAGCUCUAGUCAUAUUAAUUUUAUUCUAGUCAAGCUCUAGUCUUAUUAUUUUCAUUCUAGUCAAGCUCUAGUCUUAUUAUUUUUAUUCUAGUCAAACUCUAGUCUCACUAUUCUUAUUCGUGUACAAAACAAAGUUCUUAAAAACCCUAGGUAUUCCUAAAAUUAUUGUGUAAAUAUCUAAUUUCGUGUCUGAAUUCCAUAUCAUACCGCUAAUGUUACUUGUAAGUUAAUGAAAAUGUGAUAUUAAUCUUUAAGUUAGAACGUAAUUGAAUAAGUAUAUAGUUUAGAGUUAUUCGUAUACCUAGUCAUCUCCAAUUUUUUCUCUGAAAUUGCAAACCGAAAUCCGAGGUAAGAGGUAAUGUUAUUUAAGAUUUUCCGAAUUUGCGAUUUGAAUAUUUUUACCCACAUGAAAUCAAUUUGUUAUUUUAAGAUUUUUAUUCUGGAAAAUAUCAGUUAUCCAUUGGUCUGUUUGUACCUAUCAGGUAGGUCGUUGAAACCAAUAUUUGUUUAGAUUUUUUUCAUUGUGAAAAUCUGUUUUUUUUUUGUUGUUUUCUUCCUUAGAAAUAAGAUUCAUUUUCAUUGGAUUGUUGAAACCUACAAAGUUGUAGGAUGUUAAAACCAAAUGAUCAAUUAUAUUUUAUUUCUCAAGGGGAUAAGUGAAUUAUAUAUUCAGGUGGAUAAAGAUCGGAAAUUCGGAAAAUCGUUUUAAGAAAGUCGAUAAGGAAAAAUUUAGUUUAAGGAUUGGCGCGGGCAGGACAGAAGUUUGCAAUAAACUUGAAAAGUUUUAAAAAUUGAUUCCAUCGAAUAAACACAUUUGCCAAUGUCAUUACUUUUAGAAAUAUACAAAAGAAAUUCGUGAAUUUGGAGCUGCCAUAAAACUAAAGAGUAUUUGAGGACAUGUGCCAGUAUUAAAUAUUCAGAAUAAAGAGAAAUAUAUCGAAAUGUUCUGCCGAAUUUGUUCAUAACAACUAUAUCUUCAUAAUUCGAACGACGCACAACUGAAAUAUAACUGUUGAAAAAAUGUAAUUCGGAGUCACUUGAAUUGAUUCUAUUUGUAUAUAAUGUUUUAAUUUUUAUCUUUUAUUUUAUUUAUUUUUUCUGUAUAAUUCUUAUCCAAGAAGCGAGUGUUUCUAGUCAAAUGUAGUGAGCCACAGGCAAAUAUAAAAGGUUGUUUUUACUUAGAAUUUUAUUAAUCGAUUUAUAGGUUCAUCUUUGUAAAAUUAAGCCAAAUGAUCUCGACCUGUGGAUGUAGUAUGUAAAAUGUAUAAAAAUGUAAAUAAUCAAAAAAUGUGUUGGUUUUUAAAUAAAGUAUAUGAAAUAUAA